AACACUUGAAGUACCCGAAUGGCUCAGUCGGUUUGCGCACGAAUUAGUACAAGUACCUCUCCUUUCCACCAUUUGAGAUCAUCCUUUCCCCUUGUCGUUCCUCCUACAUCCGAGAUUUAACCAUGUCUACCGAGCAAGAACGCUUUCAACAAGAGGUGGCAGAGGUUGAACGCUGGUGGAAGUCACCACGUUUUUCCCGUGUUAAGCGUCCGUACACCGCACAGCAGGUUGUGGCCAAGCGCGGCACCAUCAAAAUCAACUAUCCGUCAGACCUCCAGGGAAAGAAGUUGUGGAGGCUUCUGAAGGAGCACGCGAAGGAUGGUACUCCCUCUCAUACCUACGGAGCCCUCGACCCUGUUCAAAUAACGCAAAUGGCCAAGUAUCUUGAGACUGUGUAUGUUUCGGGGUGGCAAUCCUCUUCGACUGCCUCCUCAUCCAAUGAGCCAGGCCCUGAUCUUGCUGAUUAUCCUUCCAACACCGUCCCACUUAAGGUCGAGCACCUCUUCCAGGCUCAAUUAUUCCACGAUCGCAAGCAACGUGAAGCGCGCUCAAACUUGCCUCCCGAACAAUUGGCCAAGAUCCCUUACAUCGAUUAUCUUCGUCCGAUCAUUGCCGAUGCCGACACGGGUCAUGGAGGUCUUACCGCAGUCCUCAAGCUUACUAAGAUGUUUGUCGAGAGGGGUGCGGCGGGUAUUCACAUCGAGGACCAGGCUCCGGGGACAAAGAAAUGUGGACACAUGGCAGGAAAAGUGCUUGUACCUAUUCAGGAGCACAUCAACCGUCUCAUUGCCAUCCGGUUGCAAUACGACAUAAUGGGCGUAGAGAACCUUGUCGUUGCGCGUACGGACUCUGAAGCUGCGACCCUCAUUACUACCAAUAUCGACGAACGCGACCACCCAUUCAUCCUUGGUUCCACGAACCCCAACCAGCAACCUCUUGUUAAAGUUCUGCAACAGGCAGAAGCUCGAGGAAUCCAAGGCCCCGAAUUGCAGGAAAUCGAAGAUAAAUGGGUUGCUGAGGCACGCCUCGCCCUCUUCCCUGAUAUUCUUACGGAUGCGUACGCCAGACACACCAAGUCACCAAUCACACGUGUGAAUGAGUUCCGAAAAGCCAUAUCAAAAGUUUCCAUUUCGGAUGCGAAGAAGGUUGCUACCCGUAUGCCUUGGAACCUUCCCCCAUCCUCCAUCCCCUUCUGGGAUUCGGAUACUCCUCGUACGCGCGAAGGGUACUACCGUUAUCAAGGAGGGACGGAAUGCGCGAUCCACCGUGCCAUUGCUUUUGCACCUUACGCGGAUCUACUAUGGAUGGAAACCAAGAAGCCCAUCCUGUCCCAGGCGAAACAGUUUAGCGAUGGUGUGAGGGCUGCCGUUCCUGGUCAAUGGCUCGCGUACAAUUUGAGUCCGAGCUUCAAUUGGGAAGCUGCUGGUUUGAACGAGAAGGAUAUGAAGGACUACGUCUGGCAGCUUGGAAAACUCGGCUUUGUUUGGCAGUUUAUCACGCUUGGCGGUUUGCAUUCCAACGCGUUUAUCAGCGAUCUAUUCGCUCAAAGGUUCGCAAAAGAAGGCAUGAAGGCAUACGUUGAACUUGUUCAACGUCCGGAGCGCGAGCUGGGAACCGAUGUCCUUGUUCACCAGACGUGGAGCGGGGCUGAAUACGCUGACAAUUUGCUCAUGACCAUCACUGGGGGCAUUUCAUCUACUGCUGCUAUGGGCAAGGGUGUCACCGAAGAUCAGUUCAAGAAAAAAUAGGGUCGACGUGAUCAGCCACUAUCGACGAUGUCUAUUGAUUUUUCACAGUGAUACAGAUUUGCCUUUUGGAGGGAAGCUCGUUCUAUUUCGAUUCAUCUUUCUGUGUGUAAUGUACAUAUCAAUGAAAAUAUCGAAAAGAUGUAAAGUGAAUUCCUUUGGAAUUCUGCGUCAAAUUGAUGAUUCCAAUG